AUGUCUGCCUCUGAAACUGCGAAGCCCACUGCUGCAGAGAGCUUCCCCGACUCUCACUCGGUGUCUGGCUCGUCCGAUACCAGCAACGAAGAGGGCUGGGAAGAUGUUGAAGCCGACGAGGAGUCGCAACCUGUGGUUGGACUCUUUUCGGAGCAGGUGUACCCUGAUGCACGCACCAUGCUGAAGGAAUGCAAGGAAAAGUACAACUUCGACUUGCUGAAGAUUCAAAAAGACUUCGAUCUGGACUUCCUUGACAGCAUCAAGUUGGUCAACUACGUUCGAAGCGAAGCGAAGAACGGAAACAACAACCCAGAUGUUUCAUCCAAGUCCAAGUUCGAGGACGACGCCUACCUCAAGCCCGUCUUAGAGGACGACGCUCUUUUGUACAGCUUGGAUGAGCUUGCUGACGACCAAGGUGAGGAAUCGGCCCCCAGCGCCGAAACAAAUCGACAAGUCAAUGAACUCCAAGAGAAGUUGGAGCAAUUGCAAACUCAGUUCUCCGAAUACCGCCAGGCUGUGCAAAAGUCUAUGGAUGACCAGUUGUCUAAGGAGGAUGAGAAACUUGCUGAGGUCACCCCGAAGCCCUCGGCCCACACUGUCGAUAGACUUCAGGAGGCCGAUGACGGUUACUUCGUCUCAUACGCUUACAACGCCAUUCAUGAGUCUAUGCUGAAGGAUGCUGUCCGCACUGACUCCUAUCGCGACUUUGUCUAUGAGAACAAGAAUGUUUUCAAGGACAAGGUUGUCCUUGAUGUCGGAUGUGGAACUGGUAUCUUGUCCAUGUUCUGCGCCAAGGCUGGCGCAAAGAAGGUCAUUGCCGUUGACAACUCGAACAUCAUUGAUCGAGCCAAGGAAAUUGUCCAUGAUAACGGACUUGGUGACGUGAUCACCUGCAUCCGCGGUAAGAUCGAAGAAGUCACACUUCCUGUCGAGAAGGUCGACAUCAUCAUUUCCGAAUGGAUGGGCUACGGUCUUUUGUUCGAGGCCAUGUUUGACUCUGUCAUCUAUGCCAGAGACCGUUACCUUGUCCCCGGCGGUCUCAUGGCUCCCUCGCAUGCCACCAUGCGUCUUGCCCCUUACGCCGACCCAGACUUCAUUGCAUCGCACAUCUCUUUCUGGAACGACGUCUAUGGCUUCAAGAUGGACAGCAUGCUGCACAAGAUCUACGAUGAAGCGGUAGUCCGCAGCAUCCAACCUCAGUCUAUUGUGGGAGAAUCCCAAAUUUUCUUGACGCUUCCAUUGCAGACCAUUACUGUUGAAGAAUUGUCUUUCCUGAAGGAGUUCCAGGUUACAUUGGACCAAGACAUCGAUGCAUUGGACGGCUGGGCGAUCUGGUUCGACAUUUUCUUCAUGCCCUCCAGCGAGUCUGUCCUUCCUGAAAAUGCCAUUCCCUCGGAAAUGUCCAAGAAGGGCAUUGUUUCAUUCACCACUGGGCCUUACGGAACCGAGACACAUUGGCAGCAGACAGUUCUUCUCAUCGACCACGCCAAGGAUAAUGCUAAGCAGGGUUCUAAGGCAUUGAAGAAGGGCCAGGUCAUUACUGGCAAGGUUGGCUAUGAGAAGACUGAGAAGGGCUCUCGCGGAGUGGACAUCAGUGUCCAAUGGGAGUCUGACAGCAAUGAGAAGGGCGUCCAACUUUGGAGUCUUCAAUAG